GGCGGAGCAGAAAAGGAGGCGGAGGAGGAGGAGCCCGACACAACGCGCCCCUCCACCUGCGCCUCUCCUCCCUCCCUCUUUCUUUCUCUCUCUCUCUUCUUACCUUCCUUCCUUCCUCCCUCGUCGGAGGCCACGUCCGGGGCUUCCUUCCUUCCCUCCUUCUUUCCCUGUCGCCAUGCUCCCUGCCCGCGGAGGAGGGGGCUCCAUGCCGCCGCCCCCCAACGCCACUGCCCACUACCCGCCGCCCCGCAUCACCCUCCCCUCGGGCCUGGAGAUCCUGCGCACCUACUCGGGGGCCUUCAUCUGCCUGGAGAUCCUUUUUGGAGCCAUAGUCUGGAUUUUAGUCGCUGCCACCAAAGUUCCUUUACCGUUGCUACAGGGAUGGGUGAUGUUUGUGUCGGUGACGGCAUGUUUCGCCUCCAUCUCCUUCCUCUGUGUGUUUCUCUUCAGCUACAGAGAAAGAAUUUCUAUUGAUUGGAACCGUGUGGAUUUUCUUUAUCAUGCAGGGGUCUUUGUCUUUUAUUUUGGAACAUUUCUUCUGCAAGCAGCCACCACCUCUUUGCAUUCUUAUCCACUGAAGAUCAGCUUCCACCAAGCCACCAAUAACACCACAUAUAUACCAGUUCUUAACGAGCACGAAUACAACUUGAGCAUAGCAGCUGCUAUUUUUGCUUUUGCAACAACAGUUUGCUACGGAUGCAGCACAGCCCUUGCUUUGAGAAGAUGGAAGCUAUAGCACUAGAAGAGAGAAAGACACCUGGAAAGCAUCCCAUCUGCUUUGUGUGUUUGUUUGGAUGAUCAAACGGGAUUCAGCCCACUUCUCAAAUAAGAGUUGACGUUCCAAAGGAUGUUUGGAGUCCAUUUAUAUUUUUCUAAAAAUGUUCAUAUGCAAAGAAAUAAACUCCAUGCAUAAUUAAUACCUUUUUUUGACAGGGGAAAAACAUGUUUAUUGUAAAGCUGUGUCAGAUGUGCCAUUCUGCUUUAAUGGCCUCAUUUCCAAGUUGCAAAAAUGGAGCAACAGCAUUUUGGGGCCACUUUUUUAAAAAAAAAAUCAGGAGAACGCCUUAGCAUUUUGGGACUAUGGACAAACAUGAUGGGAGCAGCAGGGACCUUUGUGUGCAAGUUUUUCUUUUUAAAAUGCUACAUUGCUCAUUGCCAUUAGCAGUUGUCACCUUCUCCCAUCCCAACUUCCAUAAUGUUACAUCCAAAGCCUCAUUACAUAUGAGGAACAUGGUGCCAAUCCAUUAUGACCCCAGUUUUGUUACCUGAUGCAUAAGCAGAGAAAUUUGUUAAAGAGAAAACACACACAUGAACCAUUACUGCUUUCAACAUUUCCUCUCUCACUUUUUCCUUUUCUCCCCAUAUUCUCUCCAUUUAAAACAACAUUCAAACAAUUUAAACAUCAAGAAAAAAGUGCGGUGCUGGAUAUUUCUGCCAGCUUUGGUUUAUUUAUUUCUCUGGUUUUUGGCUCCUUAUUUUGAUUGAACCUACCAGGAGCAUUAUCUUCUGCUACAGAUAGUAUUAUAAUAAAGCUGAGUGGGAAUAAUCAUUAAUAGACAACUCAAUUUUUGGUGCUAAACUAAUGCUUGCAGGAUAUUUUAAGAAAUCCAUGCAGAUGUGUUGCGCGUUGCACACAUAUGCAAACACAGGGAGGCAGCUAUAAAAUACUCAACUGCAGACUUAUUUCAGGGAGAGAGUAUGGCUUGUGUGGAACACGGUUUGCUAGGUCUAUCGUCACAAUUCUUGUCACACCUUUACUAACAUCUCGUGUUUUUGAACCCUGCUUAAAUAUGAUAUUUCUCUUCUGUUUGAUUGAUAUUGCCAUGAGCCUGAGGCUUUGGAGAUCUAAAAUCCUGGCAGCCCAACCAAGUGAACUUGCUGAAAUGACUAGCAAUUACUGAAUAUCAAUUGGUGGAUUUCUCCAUUUCCUAACACUUUGCGCUUGAUGUCUAUGCAGCUAGGUUUGUAGGGUUUUGUAUUAGUAAUCCUAAUGUAAUCUCAUAGGAAUCCAGCUUUCAUUUUUAAAUGGCAAUUUCUGAGAAGAGAAUGGAAUACUUAAUAAUCAUCCACUAUGUCAGUCAUUCUCAACCUGUGAGUCCCCAGGUGUUUUGUCCUACAACUCCCAGAAAUCCCAGCCAGUUUACUAGCUGUUAGGAUUUCUGGGAUUUGAAGGCCAAAACAUUUGGGAACCCACAGGUUGAGAACCACUGCACUAUGUACAGGGGUCUCCUUGGAGUUAGUAAAGUAUGGCAUGUCACCUGUAAAACUCAUAGCACUUUAUGGACAAGGUCAUUAUAAUGACUUUGGUGAAUAAUUAUAGAAAAGUGUGUAUCACUGGCAGAGAACAGAAGUGUCCCUUUGUAAAUUAUUUUUGAUGUUUUGCUUGGAAACAAAUAAGUGUAUCUCUAUUCAACGUGAAAUCAUUUGAAUUCGGCCUAGUUCAUGGAUCUCAAAACAUUCUCAAAGCACAAGUUUUACCAGUUUGGUUUUUAUUGAGGCACUAACCUAGAAAAAUGUGCUCUGGGUUCAAAACAUUGUUAAACCUUUUUAUUUUUUACACUUAUAGACUGAGCCAACAUAUUGAAAUCCCCUUUUUAAAUGGUUUGCUUGCUUGAAGUAUCUAGUAUCAGCUCUUAUUUACAUAUUGCUAAGAUAGCAUAUGGUUUUCAGUCCACAAAAUGAACCCAUGUGCUGAAUUAACAUAUAUAUCUUACUUUGAUGUAUGCUAUGCAAGUCUUGUUGAAACAAUCUGGAGUCCAAUCCCAAGUUUUGUAGGUAAGAUCUUGCAUAUGCAUUUUUUUCUAUCUGUGCCAAUGCUUAUUAAUCUUGACUUGUGAUUUCCAGUUUAUAAUACCGACAUCUGCUCUUUAAAACAGCUUUAGAUAUUUAAUAUCCUAUUGCUUCUUAUGUUAGCUGAUUUCAUUAUAGCAAAUAUAUUUAUAUUACAGAACACAUCUGAUGCAUUUGUGUUUUGAAUGUGGAAAUGUGCAUUUGUGGCUGACUGUUGUGUGGAUUUGCUUCCUGUAAUCAUAAAAGUUUGCACUAUUUUA